AUGCCGAACGACAUCAAGGGAAAAAAAGUGCAGUUAUUUGAUCCAAUAGAUUAUGUUCAGCUAGUAAUGUACCCAUUGAUUCUUCUGUUUGGAGUUAUUGGCAACAUCCUUGUCGUACUCGUUGUUCGAGGCAAGAAAACGAACCGGAAGAUCAACGACUAUUUCAUCCUGAAUCUAGCAAUAACUGACCUUUGCAUGCUCACAAUAAGCAUCUCCGUCGACUUCUUUUUGAAGUUCGAAACAUUUCCAUUCGGUCUGUUGCUCUGCAAAGGAAUCUGGCCUCUUAUGACAAUGUGUUUAUUUGCCAGCAUCUUUACGUUGACCUGUAUGGCUAUCGAACGCGAGCGCACAAUCGUGAAACCCCUCAGCCCAAGGCUUGCGGUCUCACAAGUUCCCUGGGUCCUCGCGUCUACUUGGUUGGCAGGAUUGGUGUGUGUUUCGCCCCUGAUAAUAGUCGCGUAUGAUAAGGAAAGAGGGUGUAGGGAAAACUGGCCUACCUCUUUCAUGAGGCAGGCCUACUCAGGCGCUGUCGUACUACUUCAAUAUGCCCUACCUCUUUUAGUAAUCACAAUCGCUUACGCCAGGAUUGGAAUUUCCUUGAAGCGCCGCGUCAAAAUGAAGACGACAGAAUUUGAAACAAGUCAGCGCACAGCUGCAACAUUUAGAAGACGCAAGGAGAACGCAAAAAUUAACAAAAAUCUGCGGACCAUAGUCAUCUUGUUUGCGGUAUUUAUGUUGCCAAAACAAAUUUUGUGGCUUUGGUUAGACUUUGGAAGCGGUGCUGAUUUCAAGCAUUUCAACGACGCUUUGGUUUUCAGUGAGUUCUUACUUUACAUCCACAGCUCCACAAAUCCAGUCGUGUAUGGUACAAUAUUGCAAGAAUACCGUUUAGGGUUUUGUCGAUAUAUCAGGAAAUUCUGCCCAUUUAUAGCGAGGUUCUGUAUGAAGGACAAUCAAGUGCAUCCAGGUCCUCCAUCUGCGAAUCACAAUGCCUCUCGUGGUAAUUCAACUGCGAUGUCGCACCAAAAGACUGUUAACUCGUUACCCAUGGAAGGGUCUUGUACAAUAAGCCCGUUAUAA